CCCACGUGCGCGCACACACGCCCCCUUCCUCCAUUCCGCUGCUCCUCAUUUUGAAGCGCAACGCUGCACACUCUUGUUGCAAAAUGGCAAUGAAAUUGGCAUACUGGGAUAUUCGUGGGCUUGCUCAACCAAUCCGUCUGCUGUUGGAGUACACUGGUACCAAGUAUGAGGAGAAGUUCUAUUCUUGUGGCGAUGCUCCCAACUAUGACAAAAGCUGCUGGUUUAAUGAGAAAGAGAAACUUGGGAUGGACUUUCCUAAUUUGCCCUACCUAGAGGAUGGAGACAGGAAAGUAGUUCAAAGCAAUGCCAUAUUGAGAUACAUCGCCCGCAAGCACAACCUCUGUGGGGAAACUGAAGAGGAGCAGGUGAGAGUUGACAUCUUGGAAAACCAGGCGAUGGACUUCCGCAAUGGUUUUGUCCAGCUCUGCUAUGGAGACUUUGACAAAAACAAAUCAUGCUACACUGACAAACUGCCAGGAACUCUAAAGCAGUUCUCCAACUUCCUGGGUGACAGGAAGUGGUUUGCUGGGGACAAGAUCACAUUUGUGGACUUCACCAUGUAUGAGUUGUUGGAUCAGCAUCGUAUGUUUGACCCAGCGUGCCUGGAUGAUUACAGAAACCUUAGAUGCUUUCUUGAACGCUUUGAGAGUCUUGAGAAGAUUGCGGAAUACAUGAAGUCAAACAGGUUCAUGAAAACACCAGUGAACAACAAGAUGGCCAAAUGGGGAAACAAGAAGGAGUGAAGCGAACAAGAUUGUGUCUUGAUAAAGCAUCAUAAGGUGCAACAUCAUCUGCUUUGGUUAUAAGGUCGAUGCAGUUGAACUGCACACUAAUAAUUGUUUUGGGGAUCACUAUUUUAAACCUUUCAGUAACUAACAAAGCGACAGUUAUUAUAAGUAUUGAUUACAAAAGUGUUACAAAACAAUCAUAAUUCUCAGUUGUUGUCUGUAGGAAUAGUGCAAGCACUUAGGCUUAAAUUGAAAGGUUUCAGGUUAGUGUCGCACUUUGAUUUUUGACAGUUUGAUGCCAUGAAAAGAAAAGCAUUUCAUUGUUAUUUUGUGGAUCUCACUGUUUGGAUUGUGAUUCUACAUUUGAAAGCAAAGCAUUAAAUGCAGUACCUUAUUUUGACCCAAUAAAAGCACAGUAUCGUUAUGUUCAAUAAAAAA